AUGAAUCAUAUACACACAGCAACAGCAGCUAUCAAAGAUGAUACGGGUUUAACAUUCUCGAGCGAAGAGUCCAAAGAGGCCUAUACUCAAGCACUCCAGGAUCGGCAUUGUGGGCUGUAUCAAGAUGCCGUAAAUGCUUUGGAAGCGAUCAUCGAGAACGAAGCCGACUCGGAGAAACUUUGGGCUGAGCUUGCGAUCACAGAAUUCCAGCUAUGGGAAGCCCACGUGAGGGCAUUACACAUGCCUUCCAUUCUCGAGAUUUCAUCAACUACACAGUCCCGACGACCCCGUGACUUAACUGCCAAUGCCAAGCCACUGCACACCAUACUCCUACAAGAGGCCUAUAGCACAUUUCUCAUUGCGAUGGAGUACCCGAGCAGCAAAUCGAGCCCAGAGUUGCUGCUACAGCUCGUGAGGCUUUACAUUGAAUUUGGUUCAUACCGUGGUGCUCUUGCUGUAUGCACACUGCUUGUUGAAGGCUAUCCGACAUCACCUCGGCUCAAUGAGUCCAUUUUCUUGUCAGCGUUAACAGCAUCAGCUAUGGAUUGCCAUCGAGAGAGCGCGCAGUACUUUCAGUAUCUUGCCGAAGGACAAUCAUCGCUCCCGUAUCGACUUGCAGCGUAUCAAUUCAGCUUGCUAGCAGCUUUAGAGCUCUCCCGAGUGCCAGGCAUGCGUGCACUAGAGCGUGAAACUUACACUCAAGCGUACAAAGCUCUUGUUGCACUUCCUCCCGUGUUGCCAUCAGAGAAGACUGCGCACACAUUAUUCACGACGUCGCGAAAGAACGAAGAGCAGCGAACAUUAUUAUGGUGUCGUGAUGUUCAGACGUGGUUGGAUCUAGCGCAGCGGCUCGCUGGACCAGCCAAUGCCCCGCUUUUAGUUCUUUCAGCUCUUCGUGAAGCUCGACGCAGGAUGAACCCAGCGUCAGUUAAACUCCCUGGUGCAAAGCUUCUUCUGGAAGGUGCAAGUUUGCUACGUACUGGGGACGAUCCGGGUGCAGAAAAGGUAUUCGCUGAAGCGCUUUUGCGGCUGCCUCGGGAUGAAUACUAUAUCGCCCGUCAUGAGCGAUUCUUAUUGGAGAUAUGCAGUCCUUCAUGGCGAACACAUUUCGCUUUGGAGCACAGGAGUGCAGCACGUUUGCAAGCAUUUAUUCGGCAGUGUUGGAGGUUGGCGAAGUGGCGUCUCGGUGUCGCUUAUGUGUUGGAGCAGCGCCGCCAUGCGAUGGCAUUACGGAUUCAAUGCGCAUGGAGAGGGUUAAAAGCCCGACAGGAACUUGCAUUUUUGUGCGAGAAGCAACGAGAGAAGGAGGAACUUGAGAAUAUUGCCAUGGGUGACCAAGACGACAGACUGAUCGAGCUACAACUGAAUGCCGCCGCAAGGAAAAUCCAAUCACUGCUUCAGAUCGCGCGAGACAAACACACAGUUCGAGCUCUCCGUGCUCGAAAAAUUGAACGCGAGGCUCUCUUAGCGAGGUUUGCUGGUCGUCGUACCGAGCUUGGUCAACUUGGAGUCUUCCGUCGGUGGCGCAGUUUUGUUCUCACUCAAAAGCAGGAGCGCCUCAAUGCUGCUGUGCUCAUUCAGCGACAAUUUCGAGCCUGGCGCAGCCGCAAGCUCUGUAAACAGAUGCUGUUUCUGCGUCGACAACAAAAUAGUAUUCUGCAGCAGUGUCUUGCCCGACGCUCAGCAUCCGUGUUAUCACGUGUGUUUCAAGCGUGGCAUACAGAACUUGUUGAGGGUCGAAAGCAACGUGACUGGGCUUCACGACUCAUUCAACGAAGAUAUCGCUCAAGGUUAGCAGUUCGUCAGUAUCAUGUCGAGUUGCGACGCCACCGGGCUGCAACAGCCACGAUGAAUCGCUUGGUUUCGGAUCGCAGGCGACAACUGCUGUUAAAUUCUUGGCGGGCACUCGCAAACCACGCGCUCGUCCGUCGUCUGCGGAAACGAGGUGCGGCUGUGAAUAUCCAGAAGCACAUGAGGGGCGUACUCGCUCGAAAGCAAGCUAAACGGGUUCGAACGCGCCGUCGACGAGCGCUCAAUGUCCUUGCGGAGCUCACGCGUUCACGCGAAUCCCAGCUGCUGCAAACAGUAUUCGACCUUCUUCGUCAGUGUGUUCAAGCCUACCACAAAAGGAGAUAUGGUGCUGUAAUACGCAUCCAGGGACUCGUUCGGGGAUUUUUCACUCGCCAAAAGCUCCAUCGACGGCGUGUGGCAGAAAUGCUGGUCAAUGGGGCCGUAACAUUUGGCAGUGGGCUUAAGGGCCAGCCCCGGGAUAUCAAAUUAUGGGCAUGUCUGCUAGCUCUAUCCCGGUGCAUCUCACUGCGUCAUGCUGCUGUAAUUCAGGUGCAGCGGUGGUGGAGGCAUAGGCGAAAGCGCUCUCGUACACUUCUAGUACUUGAAAAGCGAGCGGCGCAACGUCGUCUACUGGGUAGACUGCAACAGAGCUUCUACACCCUAGCACGGAGCUUCUUCCGACAACUUCGUGCAGAAUGCAACGCCAAAAAAUCCCGGCGAAACGCUGCAGCAAUCAAAAUUCAACGCCGACUCCGAUGCUGGUUGAUGCGUCGACGGUACCUCAGCACGCUUGACAGGCAUUCGGUAGCUGCUCAGCGUGGCAAGAAAGCGGCAAAGAAAAUAGCGUUCCAACGAGUGUGUCGAUUGUUUUAUGGCUGGCGAGAAGCCACGCGAGCGACAAAACGAGAGCAGUACGAGGCAGCUUGUCUUUUACAGCGAACAUUCCGUCGUCACCGUGCACAGCGCCAAGCACGUUGUAUCAUGGCCAAAAAGGCUGCCCAGACACGAUUAUUGGCGGCAGCAUCACAAAAGCCAUUGGAGCGUUGCUUCCGUCAGUGGGAGGCCGCGGCUCUACUUGAAAAGAGUGUGCUGCAAGUGCGCAGCUCAUCACUGACCAAGUCAAGAGAACCCACACCUGUCAGUGGCCAGCGAAAGCCUGGUACUGUUCCUGGAAUCAAGUUGGACAAGCCUCUCACACUCGAGGAGCGCGCCGAGAUUCCGUCCAUGCUCUUCUACACGCUUCUCAAUCGUGUGCGCCAAACCGGAAUAUGCCAGCUCUCGUACAGCGGCGGCACAGUGUUCAAGGGACCCCAGCUCCGACAACUCAUUUCGCUUUCCACCAGCAUAAUUGUCGACAGUGGCGGUGGUCUCUUCACAACCAGUUCAACGUCCAGCAACUCACUGCUGAACCUCAACGAGCAGGUCGUGGACGCACUCGACGCGUGCUCCAGCUCCCCCUCCAACUGCCCUGUGCAGUCUCUCAUCCUGUGCAACGCGCCACUCCGAGCUUCCCACGCGUCCGUUUUAGCAACCAUAUUGCGGCGCAGCUGGCACAGUUCCAACCUCGCGCUUGUGUCUGUCGUACUGGCUAACGUCCCGCUCGCUCCUGCGUCCGUCGUGUCCCUCGCGUGUGCAUUAGCUCAGAAUCCGAGCUGCUUGCAACAACUGGUUCUAGAACGCUGCCAAGUGGGUAGCGCCGGUGCUGCCGCGCUAUUCGAGGCACUGACCUACAACCGAGCGCUAUGGAAGCUCGACCUCAGUGGGAACCACAUCGCGGACGCUGCUUGCCCCGCUCUAGCACGAGCUCUAUUGGCCGACAGUCAGCUGCGCGUAUUGGCGCUGAGCCGCAACUUCCUGUCGGACCGCGGCGUGUUGGCCUAUCUGGCUCCAACACUGGCAUCGAGUCAACUGGAGACGCUCGUGCUGUUGCAGAACCCGCGCAUGUCGUCACUGGGCGUCGCCGCACUACGCCAAGCCGCUGCAGCUUCAAAAAGUCCGUCCUCGGAUCAAUUAGGGCUGCGCGUCGUUUCGGAUUGA